AAAGUAAUACUAUGAGAGCAGCUAAAAUUUUAAAAGCCCUUUGAAUUAUAGCUAAAUGUUCUAUAGCCAAAUUCCCGUGAUAAGCAGACGACUAGCCACCUCUGAUGCGAAGAAGAAGCAUCUCGGCCAACAGCUGUUUGCAUUGCCUAUCGCCUAUCGGUAGUCGAGGGUGUCGCAGCAGGCAGCUUUUGUGGCAGAGUGCCAAAUUGAAAUCAGCUGCCAGCUGAGAAGUGAGAAAUUAAAUAACAAUAACAAACUACGAGUAAUCACAGAAACCCAUGGCUUUGCGCGGUUCCCACCGCUUGGAAGUGAUCUUCAAACGCUGCAUUGCAUCUCCGGUGUUCCACAGCCACGCAGCCAAUCGGCGGAGCAGCCAACUAGCGAUCAAAGGCACCGAUCCAAGCAGCAAUGGUAACAGUGGGCAAGAUCAGCAAAAUGGUGAACAAAAAGCAAAAGGCUGGAGGCGAUUGGUUCGUUUCUUUGUGCCCUUCUCCCUGGGCGCCGCGGUCAGUGCGGCGGUCAUUAAGCGGGAGGACUUUACUCCAACGAUCGCCGCUUCGAAGAUGACAGGACGUCGGCGGGACUUCAACUUCAUAGCCGAUGUGGUGGCAGGUUGUGCGGAUUCGGUGGUCUACAUUGAGAUCAAGGACACCCGCCACUUUGACUACUUCAGUGGCCAGCCGAUCACCGCAUCGAAUGGCUCCGGCUUUAUCAUUGAGCAGAACGGUCUCAUCCUGACCAACGCUCAUGUGGUGAUCAACAAACCCCACACAAUGGUACAGGUGAGGCUGUCCGACGGCAGGACUUUUCCCGCCACCAUCGAGGACGUGGAUCAGACAUCCGAUCUUGCGACUUUGCGCAUACAGGUGAACAAUCUUUCGGUGAUGCGGUUGGGCAAGAGCAGUACCCUGCGAUCGGGCGAAUGGGUUGUGGCCCUGGGCAGUCCGCUGGCCCUAAGCAAUACGGUGACCGCUGGAGUAAUCAGUUCCACGCAGCGUGCAUCCCAAGAACUUGGCCUUCGAAACAGGGACAUCAACUACCUGCAAACGGAUGCUGCGAUUACGUUUGGCAACUCCGGCGGACCCUUAGUCAAUCUGGAUGGCGAGGCCAUUGGAGUUAACUCGAUGAAGGUGACGGCUGGCAUUAGCUUCGCAAUACCCAUUGACUAUGUAAAGGUGUUUCUGGAGCGGGCGGCGGAGAAACGAAAGAAGGGCUCGGCCUACAAGACCGGCUAUCCGGUCAAGCGGUACAUGGGCAUCACCAUGCUGACGCUCACACCGGAUAUACUGUUCGAGCUCAAGUCACGAAGUCAAAACAUGCCCAGCCACCUAACGCACGGCGUGCUCGUGUGGAAGGUUAUCGUUGGGUCGCCGGCGCACAGUGGUGGACUACAACCCGGAGACAUAGUGACCCACAUAAACAAGAAAGAGAUCAAGAACUCAUCGGAUGUCUACGACGCCCUGGCCGAUAAUAGUAAAAACCUUGAUAUAGUGAUCCUGCGAGGUGUGAAGCAGAUGCACGUGACCAUUACGCCAGAAGAUCCCUAGUUAAGCCCUUAUGCCGCACCUGUAUCCUCGACCUACGACUAUAUCGUGUUCGCCUGAUUGCCAAUUUGAGAUAUUUAUAUAUGUAAAAGAAACCUACCGAUCCUGGGAAGAAAUCUCUGACAUACCAACCUCCCACACGCUCCUAUUCCCAAUCGAGUGACUGCCUGCCUAUAUUUGUCUCUGACUAACGAGUAGGGAAAUUUGCAUAGAUCGCGGGCUCGUUAUCAGUGGCCAUUAUUAACAGCGGCACGACCAUAAGUUAAUCUACGCAUCGGACAGCACGAAAAUGUAUCUCCGACUGGGUCGAUUGGGUCGUCUGUCCGUUUCCGAACAUCAUCGAUUUCUCUUUCAUGGAGCGCUGUGCGUGUCCCCAACCAUCCGUCUGCCCGUCCGUCCGUCUGAUUGUCCUCUUCCAACAACGACAAAAAUGUAUUUACGCUAAUUGAAAUAUCUUGCGUUGCGAUCAAUCGAUGCCAUAUUUUUUAUAGGCCAAACCUCGGCAGUGCAGAAAAUGCAGCAGCAGCAGCAACAUCAGCCGCAAAAACGACGAAAACCGAAAUGCAAAUUUCAAUAAAUUUAUGCAACUGUAUUCCCAGCGCUUCACUUGGCCCCAGCUGUUCAUACCCUCUCAAGGGGUAUACUUUUUAAUGCUUUCAAUGGGUGCUGAGAAGUUCAUAGAAUACCAAACUAAUGGCACAUUAUUAAAUCUGAUGUUAUGAAACUGAACCUUUAAAAUAUAUAUGCCCUAGUUAAUAAAUAAUCCAAUAUGUAAAUCUCAUUUCAUCAAUCAAAAAACGCUUAUUUUAAAGUAGAAAACAAA